AAAAAUGUUGGUUUCCAGUUAACGUUUGUGUGAAUGUUGUUAGAGGCCAGCCCUAGAACCUCCUCAUAGUGGUUUACACCUUAAAUAAUUUGUACUAGAGUAAAGUCUUAGAAUGUGACUUCAGCAUGAAAACUAUUAUUUAAAUGCUUUGAAAAUAUAAGUUUGAAAAUAAUUUCUAUAGCACAAGUGAUUACUUAACUUUUCAGGAUUUUACAGAGUGCAUACAGUCAAUUAUGCUUAUGCAUCAAAUCACACUCCAAAGUAAAUGAUCAACCAGUGCUCCUCUGUGCUUCUGAUUGGUCCGAGGUUCUGUGAAUUUAAGCGAGUGGGAGCACAACGAAGCAUCAGACCGGCUGAAAAAGAGGAACUUCUGCACAAGAAAGGCCACGGGCUACAAGAUUGUGAGUUCAUGAAUCCCAACAAUUUCCCAAGCUCCCAAACACAGGGAUGGAACAACAAGUCCUUCUCAGGUGAGCCAUCUGCUCCUCCGCCCUAUUUUGGACAGUCUCAACCCAACCAAGGAUACACAACUCAACCGCAGGGCUUUACCUUUUCAACAAAUAUUCCACGAGCAGGAAUCAACCAGCAGCCUCACACUACUGACCGGCAACAGUUUGGGCAGCCUUCCCCAUACGCUCCACAGCCUUCCCCAUACGCUCCACAGCCUUCCCCAUAUACUGCGCAGCCUGCUUCGUAUAUAGUUCAAACUACUCAAGUCUCACAUGUACCUCAAACCCAUGUCAAUGACUACUUGGCCUACUCCAUCUUCACCAUGCUCUGCUGCUGCCUGCCACUUGGAAUUGGGGCUCUCAUCAGUUCCAUAUCAGUCCGUGAGGCCAAUGAAAGGGGUGACCAGCAGGCAGCUGCGCAGAAAAGCAGGACCGCACUGAUUUUAAACAACGUGGCCCUCGGAAUUGGACGUGUGGUCUUUGUCUCAGUAAUCAUUUUCGUGAUUGUUAUAAAUGUUAAUGUAUGAAUUUGUUUUAACAUCUGAAGUCACCUAAAACACUAAUUAAACAAUUUUUGUUUUCCGAUGAGAAUGCCAUCAGUCACACAUCAAAUGUUUCUCAUUUGAAUGUGCACUUUUCCAAAGGAUGAAUGCUGGUCUUUUUAAUGCACUGCUGGAUUCUGCUAAAGUGAAACACAAUCAUGUCUUCAUCUCUGACUUCUCUUUUCUCUGUGCAAAAUUAAUUUCUUCAGCGUUUAUAUGAUUAAGACAAUAAAGUUAAAUGUGCUAUCUAGACAUUACCAGAGAAUUUAUUGAAAAUAUUUCUAUAACAGAUUCCAUUCUGAUAUCAUGGAUGUUAUUAAAUGCUUUAAACAGAAUGCAGUGUUAACAAACACAUUUGUUAGUUUCUUGAAGGCUUUUCCUAUUUUAUCUUUUUUUCAAUAAUUUCAAAAUUAAUGCUACCUUCCUUGACCGGUUUAUGUUGUAUGACACCUCAAUACAGUUAAUUCAGUGGCCUUCUUUCAUGGAGCCGCACAGACCUGAACACACAGCUUUUUUUUGCAAAUAAAGUGUUCCUAUAUCAAAUCUUC